UAAUAAUAGUAGUGGGGUUCUCAUGGUCAACCUAUGCAGAGAGAGACAUAUGGGGAUUUUCAUAAUUCUCCACGCCAGAUUCGUUCCUCUACUCAUUCAUCUCUUUGAUUAAUAAUCAUAGCCACCCACCCACACUCCCAAGUCUUUCCUCCUUUCCUUCUUCUUCUUCUUUCUUCUUCUCCAUUCCAAAACCUUCAACACAUCUCCUCUUCUUCUUCUUCUUCUCUCUAACAGUACGUGAUCGACUGUGUUUUCCUUCCCAUACGAUUCACAAAAUGGGUUCCGAUGAUCUGUGUAAUACAGGUCUUGGCCUGGGCCUGAGCUAUGAAGGGAAUAAUAAUAUUAUUCCCAAGUCUGAUCACCACAAACCGUCCCUGAAAUUUGAACCCUCCCUGACUUUGUCCCUCUCAGCCAAAAUUGACGUGAACAAGGCCUGUGAAGAAGAGUCAGCCGAUCCAUGCCAACAAGCUUCUCCUCAUAGUGGGGUUUCAUCUUUUUCCAACGUUAGCAUCAAGAGGGAGAGAGAUCCUGUAAGCGAAGAGUUGGAGAUUGAAAGGGUUUCUUCUAGGGCCAGUGAUGAAGAGGAGGAAGGAAGUGCAAGAAAGAAACUUAGACUCACUAAGGAGCAAUCUGCCCUUUUGGAGGAUAGCUUUAGAGAGCACAGCACUCUCAAUCCUAGGCAAAAGCAAGCUUUGGCUAAGCAAUUGAAUCUCCGGCCCCGACAAGUGGAAGUGUGGUUCCAAAAUAGAAGAGCCAGGACAAAGCUGAAGCAAACGGAAGUAGACUGUGAGUUCUUGAAGAAGUGUUGUGAGACACUAACAGAUGAGAACAGAAGGUUACAGAAGGAGCUUCAAGAGCUGAAAGCAUUAAAAGUAGCUCCACCACUUUACAUGCAGUUGCCGGCAGCCACCCUGACCAUGUGCCCAUCUUGCGAGAGGAUCGGCGGCGGCGGUGGUGGCGGCAUCGGUGGAGGAGAUGGAUCAUCUAAGGCAAUUAACCCUUUUGCAAUGGGACCUAAAACUCACUUUUACAACCCCUUCACCCAUCCAUCUGCAGCUUGCUAACUGAGACUCCUUGUGAAAGGGACAAACAUACUCCAUCAAACAACAAAUUCAUAAUCCCUACUCUUUUUGGUUCAGGGCUUUGUAUAUCUCUUUGUUUCAAGAUACCCUUUAGGGUUUAUUGUAAUUAAUUUGUAUUUUGUAGCAAUAGGAAGUAUAGUUAACAUGCAAGAGCAGUAGAAACUAGAAGACUCUUGUCUUGCCCAUCUCUCUUCUUAUUUCUUUCUCUCUGUAAAUGAAAUGAAAUGGGAAUAGAAUAUAAAGAUAUGUGUCGAUUAAUUAAUUUUA